CCCCCAAUAGUAUGUCUUUAAUCAUAAUGCAAAAGGUCAAAUAGAAUAAUGAUGAACAAGUCAGAAUUGAGUUUGGUACAGCACCUUCUUUGCUUGUUUUUCAAUUCAAAAAUCAACUCCUAGAAGAUCUGGCAGAUUCUGGAUGAAAUCUGUGAGAUCUUGCUUUCCAAACUGUCAGAUUUUCUUAGAGGAUUUUUUGUAUCUUCCUGACCAUGAUGUUCUGCCUUUUAAAAUGUGACAUCCUCAUUCAUCACUCACCUCAUCCUUCUUUUACCCCUUAAUUUCUCUUUUACUUUCUUCCUUCUCUUCUGGUCACUCUUCUUCUGCUUUGGCUUUCACUUGCAUAAUUGUUGUCCAAGUUAUGGGUAUGGCUGCAGAGACACAGUUUCAUGUUUUGGCUGUUGAUGAUAGUCUUAUUGACAGAAUGUUGAUUGAGAGGCUCCUCAAAACCUCUUCUUUUCAUGUUACUGCAGUUGAUUCUGGUAGCAGGGCUUUGAAGUUUCUUGGCUUGCUUGAAGAUGAGCAGAAGAAACACGAGCCUCCAGUUUCUAUUGCUCCAGAAACUCAACAGGAUGCAGAAGUGAACCUGAUCAUAACUGAUUACUGUAUGCCAGGAAUGACAGGCUAUGAUCUGUUGAGAAAGAUCAAGGAAUCUAAAUCUCUUAAGGAUAUACCAGUUGUGAUUAUGUCCUCAGAGAAUGUCCCAUCAAGGAUCAACAGAUGCUUAGAAGAAGGAGCUGAAGAAUUCUUUCUGAAGCCAGUUCAACAGGCAGAUGUGAACAAACUCAGGCCCCAUUUGCUGAAAUCAAAAGUAAAAGAUGAGGCUGAUGAAUUCACUAACAACAAAAAAAUGGUUACAGAAGAAGGCAAAAAAUGUAGCAUCUAAAAGUGAUUCCCGUUAAAAUUGAUGUGAUGACACAUAGAUAGUACCUAUGACAUUUUCCUAGAUGAAGGCUAAUUCUUACCAAAGGAAUUUGCAGGAUAGGUCCCUGAUAUUACUUAACAGAACAAUUUUUGUCUGAUAAAUUGGUUAUUAUUUUUAGCUAAUUUUUUUCUC